AUGCACCAGCCUCCCGUCAGUGGCCCUGCCUACUCGAGUAUGAAUUCGACAUCUUUCAGUUCUGCACCUUCUUAUUCCUCUGGCCCCGCGCCAACAUCAUACUCUACACAAAUACCUCAACAAAGGAUAGCCCCGGCUGGCUUGACUGAGCACGAGGGGGCUCAGAAUCUCACAAACUUGUCAAAUUCGACUCCGUUCAGUGCUCAUAGACAGCAGCCCGUCCCUUUGCUGCCGAUGCCGACCAAUUCUAUGCAACAGCAACCACAGCAUCAAAAUGCGUUGGCGCCGUUAGCAUCCGCUCCGCCGGGUGCCCAUCGUGGGAGUGUAACGCAGGCUCCUUUGGUUACGCCAAAUACUACCACAAGCGGUCCGAGAACAGCGAGCAAGGCAGGAGAAAAGUUUGCUACUAAUGUACCUUUUCCUGUGGCGCCUCCUACGAAGGACGCGAAUGGCAAAUUUCCGUGUCCGUAUUGCGCAAAAACAUAUUUGCAUGCAAAGCAUCUGAAGCGCCAUCUCUUACGGCACACUGGGGACCGGCCUUACCAAUGCCCACUUUGCAAGGAUUGCUUUUCUCGUAGUGACAUCCUAAAACGACAUUUCCAGAAAUGUUCAAUAAGAAGAGGCAAUCCAACAAAUGCGACCCACCUUUCGCAGACCCAUGCAGCUCGUGAGGCCGCCGCUGCAGCUCAACUGGCAGCCGGAAAGACGCCUACCGGUCCGAAGAGGAAGACCUUGACAUAUGAUUACAACAAUAUGCCGAGAAGCCCUUCUCAUCCUCAAACCCCAGCUACUACUGCUGAGAUUAUUAGCCCUGGGAUGUAUGCGCCAACUACUGCGGCCAGUGCACCGGCCUUCCCAGAUUUUCCUCGACAGAGCCCAGUUGCUGGAACAUGCGAUGAAUGUGCAAGGAUGAAAGUCCGUUGUGACUAUGGUCAACCGUGCCAGAGAUGCGCAUCUCGUAAUCUCGAGUGUACCUACCUGAAGACCAUGAAGAGGCAUUCCGUCGCGGUUGUUUCUCAUGUCCCGGGUGGAAUGCAACAUGGCAACGAAAGAUAUAACAAUUAUCUACAACCAAAUACGACACAGAAUUCUACACUUUCCUCGCCUCACGAAUAUACAACGGAGUCCUUCAACUUUGCGCAACAGCAGCAGCAAGCCGGUAUGGCUCACCAAUAUAAUUCAACUCAUAUGCAACAGGGACACCAGCAGCAGUUUAACCAAAAUUCCAAUCCUCAUAUGUCUGGGAUGCAGAAUUCACCACGAACUCUUCCCUAUCAACAACCCCGUCGCCAAACCAUCCAUGACACACUUUACAGCUCUCUCCAUCAUGCACACCAACCUAAUGAAUUAGAUUGGUCGACUUUGUUGCAACCGACCCAAGAAAACUACGCCGAAACAAAUUUUUACGACCCACAGUCAGGGACUAGUGGAGGACAUGGACAGAGCAUGGCUCCCAUGCCAAUGAUGAAUGCACGUCCAGUGUAUGCCACCGAGUCCGGCGUGAGAAGGCAUAAUUCCCAGGAUCACGGAUUUUCGAAACCUCCAUCGGCAUCGGAAAUUGUGAAAAAGGAGUAA